AAAAGCCCCAUUAUAAACGUCACAGCCCCACUGCCUGUAAAGAAAUCCACAUAAAUGCGUUUUGUUUCGCAUGGAAUUACUAUACCUUCUUUUUAAUGCGUUAGUAAUUCUAAUUUGACUACUUAAAUGACGACUUAUUUAAGUGAGCCUCGGGAAGCAAAGCUGUAAACUGUUGCUUUAUAUUUUUUGUAACACGCAUUACAUUCAUUAGCAGUUCUUAAAUUUUAGCUUAAAUUUUACUUUACUGCAAGGCUGACGGCAUGAACAAACAAGAAGCAGGACAUCUACAGAAAAAUGCUGGUGCAGCUCUGCAUUCUGAGGCAAAUGCCGUUCUGUCUUCACCUGUCAUUGCUGCCUUCAAAGUCUUCCAGAUGGAGCUUGACACCAAGCAUGACAAAUAUGAGCGUCUUGUUAAGCUCAGUAGAGAUGUCACCAUCGAGAGCAAGAGGACAAUAUUUCUUUUACACAGAGUGACAAGUGUUCCAGAUGCAGAAGCCAUAUUGAAUGAGGCAGAUGUGAAACUGGAUGGAGUGAGACAGAAAAUUCAUCAGAUUGCGGAGGAGCUUAGAGGAGAGGACAUCUAUCAAUUUCACAGAGCAUUUACUGCAGGAAUUCAGGAGUUUGUGGAGGCCGCAUCCUUUCAGCACUACAUCCGUCAUCGCAACCUCAUCAGUCUGAAGGAGAUCAAUGCUAGGCUUGUGUUCAGGACAGAGGAUAAGGGCUCUGCUGACACUCUUUCGACAGAAUCUCAGGUUCUGACGUUUCAAGUGAUGCCCGCAGACUACCUGCUGGGUGUGGCUGACCUGACAGGGGAGCUGAUGCGCUUGUGUAUUAGUAGCGUGGGCAACGGUGAUAUGGACACACCCUUCCAGCUGAGCCAAUUCUUGCGCCAGAUCCAUGAUGGUUUCUCCUUCAUCGGAAACACAGGUCCUUAUGAGGUGUCCAAGAAGCUGCACACGCUGCGUCAGAGUCUGGGCAAAGUUGAGGACGCCUGCUAUACCUUGCGUGUUCGUGGUUCUGAAAUCCCCAAACAUAUGCUGGCAGAUCUCUUCUCUAGCCGGAACACUCACAUGGACCCUGAAGAAGCUGUGGUUUAAGUCCUUUUUCAAUUUCUCUUAUUUCGUCUUUGUAAAAGUUUGAACGGCUUCUUUGACGUGUUUAAUGGCAUGGUUUACUUUUUUGUAAUACAAUAAAGUAUUGUUACAAUGGUAUUGCAUUUUUUUUCUCUGAAGAUUUAACUACUGUAGUCAUACGGAUACUAGUUCUGCAGAAAGUAUGCCAUGCUUUGAAACCUUCCUUGAUAACGUGUGUGUUUAUUUUAUUUCGCUCUCAGCCCGCCCCCUUCCCCUAUCACACAGAGAUAAUCUAAGGUAGAGCAUGUGACCUUUGUUCGGUCCCAUUCCCUUGCAGCCACCUGAUGUACACGUAAGCACAUACAGUACAUACGUCAAGCAACCCUUAUAUUCUUGGUACGAUGCUCCCUCAAUCAUCCUUGUCUUGUCCCAUCAAAUUCAAGACACGUACGUGUUCAUACAACUAAUGCUGGCUGUCUAUUUUUUUAACUCAAAUUUUGCACGUUUGGAAUUUGUAUAUUUAUGCAUUCUCCUGACAACUUGCAGAGCUCAAAAAGGAGAUGUGAUUGAAUCAGAGUUUGUGAUCAUCAAAUGUUAGCGCUAUCCUUUUGAAAAUGACCCCUCAACCCUCCGCCUCUCAGUAAGGUGUUUUCUGCAGUUUGAAUAA